GGGCUCGACGGGCGCAGGGAGAACGAGGGGUUUUUGUGUAGUGUUGUUUUCGCUCCCUGAAGCGUCAGCGUUGUCAUAAUAAAGGCUUCCUCAAAACAAACGGCAGACUAAAACGAGGAAGUCUGCGGUUGUCGCGAGCCUUUCGGAGGCAGCUCUUGAUACCAGCGUCGCCGCGGUGCGCACGGAGAGCUCAGCGGGGAACAAUGCCUGGCAAAGCCGCGGUGGCAGUGGCGCUCCAGCCCGGCGGUAAUGUCGCUGCUGCGGCGGCGGCGGCUCCGCAGAAGUCCUUCCCUUUUGUUUUAAAGAAGAUUAUGGACAUACCUCCUCCUAACAUCCUGGAGGAAGGAGACGACGAAAUCGAGAAAGAGAAGUUGUGCUCCUCUGAGGAUGUGGAAGGAGGUGGGGGUGUGGCACCCAGUGCUGGUGGAGGCUCCAGAGGAGGAGGCGGCGGCGGCAGCGGUGGAGGCAGUGGUGGGGUAUCAGCCUCCCUGACUCCGGCCAUUUGGGACAAGACGAUUCCCUACGACGGGGAGACCUUCCAUCUGGAGUACAUGGACCUGGACGAGUUCCUCCUGGAGAACGGCAUCCCGGUGAGCCUGGAGGAAGAGGAGCUGCAGCGGACUCUGACCUCCGUAGAAGGCAAAGGCAAACCCCAGGUUGUCUCUCCAGCCGCUACGACAGAUAUCUCGACGACUACUACUACUACUGCUACUACUACUCCUCCUCCUCCUCCUGCCGCCCCUCCCACUCCUGCCGCGGUGUCUGUCUCCGACCCACCCUCUCUCCCAUCUGCCUCUGCGGACGCCUCAGACCCAGAGGAACCGGUGACAGUCACCACAUUACAGCCAGCCAAACUGGAAGAGGAAGACGAGGAGGAAGAGGAGGAAGAGGGCGAUGAUGAAGAAGAGGAGGAGGAGGAAGGGCCAGAAGAGGAAUCUGAGGAGGCACCAGCAGUUGUGGAAGUGAAGAAAGCAGAACGCAACACGCCGUCCCCCAUCGACCCGGACGCCAUCGAGGUGGACAUUAACUUCCAGCCAGAUCCCACAGACCUGGUCCUGUCCAGCGUGCCGGGGGGAGAGCUGUUCAACCCCCGCAAGCACAAGUUCUCUGACGAGGAGCUGAAGCCGCAGCCGAUGAUCAAGAAAGCCAAGAAAGUUUUUGUUCCCGACGAACAGAAGGAUGAGAAGUACUGGUCCCGGAGGAAGAAAAACAACCUGGCAGCGAAGCGUUCCCGCGACGCGCGGCGGCUGAAGGAGAACCAGAUCACGGUGCGCGCCUCCUUCCUGGAGAGGGAGAACGCCGCGCUGAGGCAGCAGGUGGCCGAGAUGAGGAAGGACUGCGGCCGCUGCAAGAACAUCCUGGCCCGAUACGAGGCCAAGUACGGCCCGCUGUAAAGAGAGAAACAAAAGCAAAUUCAAAAGUCUCCGAAUAAAAAUCCCGUGAAGUUUCAUUGAGACAAAAGCAGAACUCCCUUCCCCGCAGAAUUCAACACAGACACAAACAACCAAGGGAACUUAAAAUUUGCACUGUUGUCUUCGCUGACCUCCAGUCACCGCGUCCAGUUCCAAUCGCCGUCUCCUCAACGUGAUGCUGGAAUUUGGGACGCACACCGGCAGGCAGUGAGGCAUGAUGGGAGCGGUGGUCACAGGACGGCCCGUGGAGAGCGCCUGGCUCCUACACUCGAGAGAGGAAGUGGACUGUUAUGGACACUCCCAUGGUUAAAUCCGCGAGGAAAAUCUCUGCUCUCCUGUCAAGGGAGGAUGCAGAAAGUCAGGAAACGUGACGACAGCCAGCAGAUACAAAAGAAUCACCACACAAAUCAGUUUUUAAUCACUGCACAGCACUUCUUAGAGGACCAAAGCAUGAGUAGCAUCAGUCAGACGAGGGCGUGUUUAGAGCGGUGCGCACUUGCUGUCCCUCACUUUUCCUUGUGUUGCACUUGCAUUUACUCUCUGACUGAGGAGGAGGAGGAGGAGGAUUAUCUCUCCCAUGAUGCAGGAGCGGAGCAGACGAGCGCUCGAGUUCAGGAGCAGGGGUCGGGUUGAGAGCCGGAGAUAGAGAGGAGGCCUCAGGUUGGCGCAGGAGAGGAAAACAAGAGGAGUUAGUGGUGCGUUUCGGUUCAGUCACAGUUCUUCCGUCUUGUAACCCACAUGCACGCCUCUGCACACUCAAAAAAUUCAAAACAAGUGUUUGCGCAUACACAGCCCUCCCUGUACCAUUUAGUUAAUGCAUUUUCAGUGUAUUCUCUCCAUCUUUGCACUUUUUUCUUCAAGGAAACACACACUCAUCAGUGUAACGUUUAAAAAUCCGACCGGUGGCAGCUUAUCAUUCAGCAUCAACCGCAGGGGGAGGUACGGUAGCUCGGAGUGGCUGGAAAAAAAAAAAACCAAGCAUGACCUGCAGAUGGAAGCUACUGUGAUUGAGCCUUUCUUUCUACUAAUCUCAGCUUCCUAACGCGAGAUUGAAUCCGAAUCUUCUGCAGUGAUGGUUUCCACACACGGAGGGAGUUUGUUUUGUUUCCUCUGCUGAAGGCACUCGUUUGAUGAUCUCCAGGGCCCUCACUGGUGGAGGGAUAUGUUCAUAUGUAGGGCUGUUUAUUUUACUGCACACUGCAAGUAGAGGGCGCUAGAGUCACUGCCUGUAUGCUGAAAGGUGUAGUGAUGGCUGGGUUGAGUUGUUUUCUGUUUUUAUAGUGGAGGAAACGAGCCAGGCCUAAAGUUGAGUGCUUCUGAAGCUUGUAUAUAAACAACUGUCUCAUCUUCUUGAUUUCCUACGACAGGGACUCUUGACUGUGUCUUUAUUAACCCAACACUAUUCCUUAUAUUUGCCAAAUAGUCAAUGAGUGCUGUAUUUAUUCUGAUGGUAAUAAUGCAUCUGUUGAUUGUGAUGUACAACAAUAUGUCAGAUAAUUCUAUUUCAAUACCUAUAUAAUAAAAACCAAUGACAAAGCAGGGAAUUCAAUGGAUAAACUGUGCUUUUUGGAUGUUUGUUUUUAAACAGAUUUCUAUGGUUAAAUGGGACUUUUUUUCCCUUCUAUACAGAUACAUAUAUGUGUAAACACACAAAAGACAGGGGACACUCUAAUUUACCUCAUCCAGCACUUCCUUUUUCGUCUGGUUCAGAGUUAAGCAGGGCUACAGAGCAGUGUUGGUUUUAAGCAGAGAGCACAUUUGAAGCAGCCCAGUCGCGUCUGGCAACACUUUUGAGGGGUUAAAGUGAGUUCUCUUUGCCAAAGUGGCUGGGUCUGCGUCUAAAUUAGUAAACACGUUGCAGACUGUUAUGGGACUCCGUAUCUCAAGUGUCUUCGGCCGAUGCAGAUUAUGUGAUCGGCCGGCUUGUGCUCAUAAUCAUUGUAAUCUUGGGAAGAAAAUAAAUGUGGCAAUAAUUACCCUGUUAUGUAAUGCUUGUUUAAUUUCAGUAACAAUGUUGUAUGUAAAACUUGCUAUGAUGUACUAAAUAGAAAUGCCCCAAAGUCAUUUGUGCUUCCAGUUUUGAUCCUCUGUAGUCUAGGAUCUUGAUGCAUGAAACCCAGUAAACUUGUCUCAUUUUGUUUUCUCGUAAAUUUGACACCAAGUGUACUUAUGUCUGUAAACCAUCACUGAAAACUGCAUAAUGUUUUUGGAUGGGUUGGCCGAUGGUAUAUUGUACAGCUCUGUCAAAAAGAAGAAGAAGAAAAAAAAAAGGCAGAACAUCUUUGCUCUGAUGUCCUGUGUUUCUGACUUGCAUAACAGCACCACCUAUCCUUCUGCAGCCAGUGCUUGACCUUGUGGCAAACAUCAGCUGAAAACGGCAUCUUUUGAUCACUGUGUGAAUUGUUUCCUAUUUACUGAAGAUUGAUCUAUAUCUAGAUACACUGGAUCAGUUGGAGCUUUUCGUUUCUUGAUAAUGUGUUUGGGUUUUCCCGACGGAACCGUAGCGCAACCGGCGUUUCGGAGGAUUUAGAUUUUUUUUUUUUUUUUGCAUUGACAUUCAGACUUGACAUUGACUGCAUUAUGCUGAUUAAACAUCACGUGUAGUUGAUGAAUGCAAACUUGUUGUAGUUAAUUUUCAACUAAAUUGAAACUGUUCUUAAUAAGGUUGAUUAAAGGUACUGGCCAAGAAAGGCUUUUUAGAAGACAAUAAAUCAAGAUCUAAUCCUGUAUAGUACCGCGUAUGUUAUGUAGCAGCCUCUUUUUCUAAUGCACCUCAUGAAAAAACAACUUGUAUUUCUGACUUGAUCGGGUUGCAGAUUCUUCCGAUUUGGGGGGAAAAUGAAAUAAAAAAAAAUUGACUGUAUCAGCGGUUUGGGUAUCAGAGCGAGUGUUUUUUUUUUUUUCUCCUGCAGGUGAAAAGAGAAGCUGCUUUUUUAAAUCUUCAAUUUAAGGCAAGCCAUUAUCAGAAAAUGACACCUUUGAUGAGGUAUUAAUCGAUUUUUCUUGAUAGAUCCGCUUUGCCAAUUUCUAAAUUUGGAUGCAACGCUAACUUGCAGUAGCAGCACUCUCCCUGCAGGGGGCACAAGUACUAAGCUGCAGUUAAUUUGUUGACCUGUAGAUGGCAGAAUCUACACCACGUCCCUGUAGUGACUGUUUCCGAUCCUCUUUUCGAACUGUUCGCAGGUUUCAGGAGCGUCGCUCUCCUUGUUUACUUCUUAAAGUAGCUUCAGUACUCCUGGAAGAAAUUAAAAAAAAAAAAAAAAAACAUUUUUAAAGUUCUGUUUUUUG